UGAAAGCAAUUGGUAUCCCCUCACUUUGGAGAGCAAGAGACAUGAAGACCAUAUUUAUAUUCCUGAUCUUCGCGGUCUUUUCUUUUCAUUCUGUCAUUUCUGCUCCCAUAAAUCAAGUUGGAUUACUUGAUGAAAAAGACGUUUUGAAAGCUCCAGAUGACGAGCUGCUCCAACGAAGCAAACAACACGGCAUCUCAUCAUUAAUCGACUCUCUACAACAACUAGGAAGACUCGACGAGGCUGUUCUAAAGGGGAAAGACAAUCAGUUGCCAGCAAAAAGAGAUCCAUGGCGAAAAUCUAACAAGAGGUGGCGAAAGAAGAAGCAGAAGAGUAGCAGUGGGCGCAAAGAUGUCCGAGUUAAAGAAACAAACUCGACAACAAGUACAAUGGAACCUACCACCACAGCAACACCUACCGCAGCCGCUGCUCAUGUGAGCAGUGUAGCCUUGACAGCACCUGCCGUAGAAGGUUCACGAGAUAAGAUCCCGUUGUCGGGAUGCAAUACAUCGGGUCUUUUCGAUUGUUAUAAUGCUUAUCACAAUUUCGGUUAAUUCAGUGUAUAAAGAAACUUCCACAUAUAGUCGUAAACAGUUGUGAUUUUUAAGCGCGCAGGUAUUAAUAAAUGGUCGAUCAAAAUUCUGU